UCACAACUGACUUCAGAUCAGAAGAUGAGUGAUCGUGUGGAGGAAGAGGAGGACAGAGCAGAGCCUCUAGUCUCUGGCUGUCUGUCUAUAAAGAGUGACGAGUCCAAAGAUCAUCCUCCACUCUUCAGUAAUGAACCUGGAACCUCAGAGUCAAAAGUUCAGGACAGACAGAGAGCAGAGUCUCCAGUACCCAGCUGUCUGUCUAUGAAGAGUGACCAGUCCAAUGAUCAUCCUCCACUCUUCAGUAAUGAACCUGGACCCUCAGACUCAAAAGAGAAGAAGAGGAGUCAUGCUUCUGUGGAGGAGCCGAUGUCCAGAUCGAGAAAAAGACCUCGACUGCAGACAGCCAGUCAGACCAGCACUGAGGUUGUAGAUGAACAUAAGAUCAGUCUGAGUAGGAGAUGUGAACGUGUGACUGAAGGAACUGAUGAAACAGGAGAUGGAACCCUCCUCAACAGGAUCUACACUGACCUCUACAUCACAGAGGGACAGAGUGAAGAGGUUAAUACCCAACAUGAGGUGAGGCAGAUUGAGAUCGCUUCCAAGAAGAUCCUCCAUGACACCCCAAUCAAGUGUCACGACAUCUUUAAAGCCUUACCUGACCAACAGGGACACAUCAGAGUCGUUCUGACGAACGGUGUCGCUGGCGUUGGAAAAACCUUCUCAGUGCUGAAGUUCACUCUGGACUGGGCAGAGGGCUUGGAAAACCAAGAUGUCAGUCUGGUGGUUCUGCUUUCAUUCAGGGAGCUGAACUUGAUCAGCGAUAAGCAGUACAGUCUUCUCAAGCUGCUCCAUGAUUUCCAUCCAACAUUACAGAAGGUCACAGCAGAGAAGCUCGCUGACUGUAAAGUUCUGUUCAUCUUUGACGGCCUGGAUGAAAGCAGACUUUCACUGGUUUUCCACAACAACGAGGUUGUGUCUGAUGUCACCCAGAAAUCAUCAGUCAAUGUGCUGUUGACAAACCUCAUCCAGGGGAAUCUGCUUCCCUCAGCUCUCGUCUGGAUAACUUCCCGACCUGCAGCGGCCAAUCAGAUCCCUCCUGCAUGUGUUGACAGGGUAACAGAAGUACAAGGCUUCACUGACGCCCAGAAGGAGGAGUACUUCAGGAGGAGAGUCAGUGAUGAAGAGCUGUCCAGCAGAAUCAUCUCACACAUCAAGAUAUCAAGGAGCCUCCACAUCAUGUGUCUAAUCCCAGUCUUCUGCUGGAUCACUGCUGCAGUUCUGGACCACAUGUUGACUACAGACCAGAGAGGAGAGCUGCCCAAGACCCUGACUGACAUGUACUCACACUUCCUGUUGGUUCAGACAAAGAGGAAGAAGCAGAAGUAUGGUGAGGGACGUGAGAUGAGUCCACAGGAGCUGUUAGAGGCUAACAGGGAAGUUCUUCUGAAGCUGGGGAGGCUGGCGUUUGAACAUCUGGAGAAAGGAAACAUCACGUUCUACCAAGAAGACCUGGAGCGGUGUGGUCUUGAUGUCACAGAGGCCUCGGUGUACUCAGGACUUUGUACAAAGAUCUUCAAAAGAGAGUGUGUGAUCUUCGAGAAAACAGUCUACUGCUUUGUUCACCUGAGCAUUCAGGAGUUUCUGGCUGCAGUCUACAUGUUCCACUGUUACACAAACAGGAACACACAGGUACUGGAGGACUUCCUGGGAAAAAAAUAUGUUCAUUCAACCCUGGAUGACUUCCUGAUGGGAGCCAUGGAGAAAUCCCUUGAAAGUAAAAAUGGCCACCUGGACCUGUUUGUUCGCUUCCUUCAUGGCCUCUCUCUGGAGUCCAACCACAGACUCUUAGGAGGUCUGCUGAGUCGGACAAACAACAGUCCAGAAAUCAUCCAGAGAAUCAUCAACAACCUGAAGAAGAUGAACAGAGAUAAAAUCUCUCCUGAAAGAAGCAUCAACAUCUUCCACUGUCUGACGGAGAUGAACGACCACUCGGUACAUCAGGAGAUCCAAGAGUUCCUGAAGUCAGAGAACAGAUUGGAGAAGAAACUCUCUGAUAUCCACUGCUCAGCUCUGUCCUACAUGCUGCAGAUGUCAGAGGAGGUUCUGGAUGAGUUGGACCUGAAGAAGUACAAUACAACAGACGAGGGACAACGGAGACUGAUUCCAGCUGUGAGGAACUGCAGAAAAGCUCUACUUUCUGGCUGUGGGAUCACAGAUACUAACUGUGAAGUUGUGGCCUCAGCUCUAAAGUCCGACCCCUCCCAUCUUAGAGAGCUGGACCUGAGUAACAACAACCUGAAGGAUUCAGGAGUGAAGCUGCUGACUGCUGGACUGGAGAGUCCAAACUGUAGACUGGAGGCUCUAAGAUUGAGGUCCUGCAGUUUGUCAGAGAUCAGCUUUGCUUCUCUGGUCUCAGCUCUGAAGUCCAACCCCUCCCAUCUGAGAGAGCUGAAGCUGACUAACAACAAGCUGAACGAUUCAGAUGUGGAUCUGCUGUGUGGUUUUCUGGAGAGUCCACACUGUAGAUUGGAGACUCUGAGAUUGAGGUCCUGCUGGUUGUCAGAGAUCAGCUGUGCCUCUCUGGCCUCAGCUCUGAAGUCCAACCCCUCCCAUCUGAGACAGCUGCAGCUGAGUAACAACAAGUCCCUGCAGGAUUCAGGAGUGAAGCUGCUGUGUGGUUUUCUGGAGAGUCCACACUGUAGACUGGCGACUCUGAGAUUGAGAUUCUGCAGUUUGUCAGAGAUCAGCUGUGCUUCUCUGGCUUCAGCUCUGAAGUCCAACCCCUCCCAUCUGAGACAGCUGCAGCUGGAUGGAAACAAGCUGCAGGAUUCAGGAGUUAAGCUAUUGUGUGGUUUUCUGGAGAGACAACACUGUGGACUGGAGACUCUGAGAUUGUGGAGCUGCUGGUUGUCAGAAAUCAGCUGUGCUUCUCUGGCCUCAGCUCUGAAGUCCAACCCCUCCCAUUUGAGAGAGCUGGAUCUGGGUGGAAACACGUUGCAGGAUUCAGGAGUGAAGCAGCUGUGUGGUUUUCUGGAGAGUCCACACUGUAGACUGGAGACUCUGAGAUUGUGGAACUGCAGUUUGUCAGAGGUCAGCUGUGCUUCUCUGGCCUCAGCUCUGAAGUCCAACCCCUCCCAUCUGAGAGACCUGAAGCUGAGGAACAACAACCUGAAGGAUUCAGAUGUGAAGCUGCUGUCUGAUCUUGUGGCGAGUCCAAACUGUAGACUGGAGACUCUGAGGUCAGUUGACAGUCGGAGUUGGUUCAUAAUGGUUUCAGCAGUAUUAUUGUGAUGUGUUUCCUAAGUUAAGCUGUGAGAGGAGAAUG